AUGAGUGGCCUUCGAUUUCUCGAUCUCAUCAAACCCUUCUCGCCGUUCCUCCCUGAGGUUCAGCAACCCGAGACAAAGGUCCCAUUCAACCAAAAAUUGAUGUGGACGGGUUUGACGUUAUUGAUAUUCUUGGUUAUGAGCCAAAUGCCAUUGUAUGGUAUCGUGUCCUCAGAUACCUCCGAUCCUCUAUACUGGUUGAGAAUGAUGUUGGCAAGUAACAGAGGUACUUUGAUGGAGUUGGGUAUUACGCCAAUUAUCUCCUCAGGAAUGGUUUUCCAGCUUCUUGCUGGUACACACUUGAUUGAUGUCAACCUUGACUUGAAGGCUGAUCGCGAGUUGUAUCAAACCGCGCAAAAGCUUUUCGCUAUUAUUUUGUCAAUGGGUCAAGCUACUGUUUAUGUCUUCACUGGAUUGUACGGUCAACCAUCCGAUCUUGGUGCUGGUGUUGUCUGCCUUCUCAUCCUUCAAUUGGUUGUUGCUGGUUUGAUUGUCAUUCUUCUUGAUGAGCUCCUCCAAAAGGGAUAUGGUCUUGGAAGUGGUAUCUCCCUCUUCAUUGCUACCAACAUCUGCGAGUCUAUCAUCUGGAAAGCAUUUUCUCCAACUACCAUCAACACUGGUCGUGGCCCAGAGUUCGAGGGUGCCGUCAUUGCGCUCUUCCACUUGCUUUUGACAUGGCCAAACAAGCAACGUGCUCUUCAAGAGGCUUUCUAUAGACAAAGUCUUCCAAACAUCAUGAACCUUUUGGCUACAAUUGUCGUCUUCGCAGCGGUUAUCUACCUCCAAGGUUUCCGUGUUGAGAUUCCAGUCAAAUCUUCUCGUCAACGUGGAGCUCGUGGAUCUUACCCAGUUCGUCUCUUCUACACUUCCAACAUGCCAAUUAUGCUCCAAUCCGCUCUCUCCUCCAACAUCUUCCUCAUUUCUCAGAUGUUGUACUCCCGCUUCUCCGAGAACUUGCUUGUCCAACUUUUCGGUGUUUGGGAGCCAAAGGAGGGUUCCGCACAACUUUUCGCUACCUCCGGUAUCGCAUACUACAUGUCCCCACCUUUGAACUUCACCGAUGCUCUUCUCGACCCAAUCCACACUGCUGUCUACAUUACUUAUAUGCUCGUCGCAUGUGCUAUCUUCUCUAAGACUUGGAUUGAAGUUUCCGGCUCCAGCCCAAGAGAUGUUGCUAAGCAACUUAAGGAUCAAGGUCUCGUCAUGGCUGGUCACAGAGAGCAAAGCAUGUAUAAGGAAUUGAAGCGCAUCAUUCCUACUGCUGCCGCUUUUGGUGGUGCCUGUAUCGGUGCUCUUUCUGUUGGUAGUGACUUGUUGGGAGCUCUUGGAUCUGGAACUGGUAUUUUGUUGGCUGUCACUAUUAUUUACGGAUACUUCGAGAUCGCCGCAAAGGAGGGAGAUAUGGCUGGUAUGAAAGGCAUGAUUAUGGGAUAA